AUGGAACAUUUGGAUCGAGGAAGUGGAUCAAAAGGCUCAAAGUCAGCGAUUGGCGAUAGUUCACCACAAGCCGAAAAGUGGAAGAAGGUGUCAAUCUAUAAGGUGCCUUGUUGCAUCAAAGGUGGAAAUGAGGACAAACAACGAGCCUACACGCCUCGUACUGUAUCCAUCGGACCGUACCAUCAUGGGCAAUAUCAUCUGCAAGCAAUGGAGGAGCACAAGCAACGAGCCCUUCUCCAUUUUCUCAAGAGAUCGAAUAAAAGUCUUGAAGCAUUUGUGGAGCCUCUAUCUAAAGUGGUGGAAGAUUUAUUGGACUCAUAUGAUGCACUUGAUUCAUCAUGGGAAAACGACAGAAACAAGUUCUUGCAGCUGAUGAUUGUUGAUGGGGUCUUCAUACUGGAAGUUUUAAGCAGUGGUAUUACUAAAUCGGACUAUGCCGAUAAUGAUCCGAUCUUCAACCCUAAGCGAUUGAUGUUGUCUAUAAUCAAGAGUGACAUUUUGACGCUGGAAAAUCAAUUGCUAAUGCCUGUACUUGUCAAGCUGAUUGCAGUUCAAACCAAUAAUUCGAAGGUGAAUGCUUGCAUAUAUUGGAUGUGUGUAGGAAGAUCCUUGUUUCUAAGGAAACGAACCAAAAUGACGGCCGGUCACCCUCCAUCGUUUGGAAUACCUAUCAGUGAAGCUCAAUAUAAUGAAACUCUAUAUCCGGCAAAGUUGAUUCGAGCAGCCAAAGUUUGGUUUAAGGCAAGCAAUACCAGAAGCCUCGAAAGCGCUUCAUUCAAAGUGAACUCCGAUGGUGGUUUUCUAAGAAUAGCCUGCAUUAGGAUAGAUCAAGAUUCCGAGACGUUUCUCAAUCUUGUAGCAUUCGAGCGUCUUCAAGUCGAAGCAGGCAACGAGGUGACAUCUUAUUUGUCAUUCAUGAAGAGCUUCAUCAAAGAUGAGACAGACGUUAAGGUCUUAACUUCACCGGAGAUCAUCAGAAAAACUAAUGUAAAUGACAAGACAGUUGUUGAUAUCUUCAAUUCGCUACCCGACGACAUAACAGUCGAUCCGACGAGCAAUCUAGCUAUGGUGAGAAAGGAUCUAAACCGGUAUGGCAAAAAUCCAUUGAGUGUUUUUAUAACAUCUUUCCUUUUAUCUCCGGAAUUUCGUGAUCCUGUAAAAAUAAUUUCUUAUGUGAUUGCGUACAUGCUGCCUCCUCUUACUGCCGCGCAGACCUAUUUCAGCGUACUCAGUUAUUACAACAGACGCUAA